AUGUUCAUAAGACUAACAAUUCUCGGUUCUAUAUUGUGCCUAUUUUCAUUGGUCGGAUGUUUUGAAGUGACACCAACCAUAGAGGAUGGAAUACCGCAGUAUCUGAAUAUAACAACUGGUCCGUUUACAAAGAUCGGCCAUGGAUAUUACUAUAUUGAAAGAGUUACUGCAAAGAAUUGGUUUGAUGCUUUCGCUGCCUGUCGCCAAUUGGGCGCCGAUCUUAUAGCUUUUGAGACCAUUGAGGAAUGGAACUUGAUCAAUGCUUUUCUCUGGAAAUACAAGAUAAUGGCCCAGUAUUGGACUUCAGGCACUGAUUUGGGAAAUCAGGGAAAACAUGUUUGGUUGUCAACCGGUCAACCGAUAUUACUUAAACUUUGGGGUCCCGGAAAUCCAGAUAAUUACAAAGGUGCCGAGCAUUGUGAUGAGUUGGGAUAUUUGGCAGUUGAAUCGAAUUACAACUCUUUCAAUGACAAUCGUUGUGACAAAUUGGGCCUAUUCAUAUGUGAAGCAGCACAGCCAAAGACAGCAUCGUUUGUUAUUUGGUAAU